GAAGCGGCGGAUCCGGUACUGGAGUUGUUUACCUUUCUUCAUUAGUUCUUUUUCUUGGUUUAAAAGAUUAAUAAAGUCUGUCUGCGCGUUGUUCUGCCUUAUAGCCAGUAUAGUCACUUCUCACUUUUCUGGGAAAAGUUACUGCAGUCCUUUCUAAGUGUAAACAGUUGCUGGCCUGGCACGUAGUUAGGUACCUAAGUUAGGUUAGCUAGGUUAACUAUAGCUGGUUAAGCUAUGCUGGCUAGUCACACAAACUCUGUUUAGCAGCCUUGAUUGUAAAAAGGUGGAACGGGAAAAUUCGAACCAGAAGGUGGCGAAUAGAAAGACAACUUCAACCUCGUUAGCUUGUGCUAGUAUAUAAGUUUGCUGGCUUGCUAUGAGAUGGAAUGUUCCUCUGACUAAGUUGUGUGACCCUUCAGAGGUUUCGAGUCCAUAACUUUGGUAGGUUUCCACCCACAUAAAAAUGGACUCAAGUGGUGGGAAGCCCUCCACAGCCCAGAUUGUGCUGUUAGCCACCAGCUCAGCCCUCACUGCUGUCCUUUACUCUAUCUACAAGAAGAAGGCAGGGCAUGUUGCUAGGCUAAAAGAAGCCCAGAAAAUAUCAUUAGAUCAAGAUCUGAAAAGCAUUCUGGCUGAAGCUCCAGGAAAAUGCAUCCCAUAUGCUGUUAUUGAAGGAGUGGUGCGGUCUGUGAAAGAAACUUUGAACAGCCAGUUUGUGGACAACUGCAAAGGAGUCAUUGAGAGACUCACACUAAAAGAAAAGAAGAUGGUCUGGAAUCGAACAACUCAUCUCUGGAAUGACUGUGAAAAGGUUAUCCACCAGCGCACCAACACUGUGCCCUUUGACCUGGCCUCCCAUGAUGACAGCGUCACAGCGACCGUGCGCGUUGUUCGUCCACUGGACGCAGCUGAGCUAGACCUGGAUACAACCUAUGAGAACUUCCACCCAACCGUGCAGUCCCUGAGCAAUGUCAUUGGCCACUUCAUCAGCGGCGAACGGCCGCAGGGCAUCAGGGAGACAGAAGAGAUGCUGCGGCUGGGGGCCAGCAUGACAGGUGUGGGCGAGCUGGUGCUGGACAACAACCUGGUGCGGCUGCAGCCCCCCAAGCAGGGUUUGCGCUACUUCUUGAGCCGAUUGGACUAUGAAACACUGCUGGGGAAGCAGGAGGGCAGCCUGCGACUGUGGAAGGCUCUCACGCUGCUUGUGGGGCUGGCAGCGUGCGCCACGCUGCUCUACAUGCUGUGGAGGCACUACAUCUGGCGGAGGGAGCGGAGGAAGGAACGCAGCGUGCUGGAAGAGUUUAAGGAGCAGCAGAGGAAGCGUGUGCAGGAGUUGAACCUGGACGAGGCGGCCGUAUCCCCGAGCGCCUGCACCAUCUGCCUAAGCCGAGAGAGGUCUUGCGUCUUCCUUGAGUGUGGUCAUGUAUGCUCUUGUGACCAGUGCUACCGUACGCUGCCCAAGCCGAAGAAGUGCCCCAUAUGCAGAGCUAGCAUAGAUAGGAUCGUGCCUCUGUACAACAGCUAAUAGCCUCUCGAUCAUAAUAGAUCUAGUAGCACUUAUUAGAGCUGCACAAGAUAUCUGUAUUCAUCGAACAAUGUUUUUUAAUCGUUGUCAUAACAUUGACCUUUACUGGACUGAUUCUGCAGGAGGUUGGAAUAUGCAAAAUGAACCAUCCGACAAAUUACAGAUGAGUUCAUGAGGGAGUUGUAAUGAAUCAAGGCAAUCACAAUAUCCAACAACUAAAUAAUUUUGUUCAAUUUUUAAAUAUUUAAUCUUAGUUGGUCAUGAUGCUCGUUGCACACAAUGAAAACAAAUCUUUCUAUAGAUGAUUAGAGGGCUUGUUUGCAUAUUGUACCCUUCUGCGAUGUAAAGGCCAAUAAUAAUUAACAAAUGAUAUAUUGUGCAGCCCUAGCAAUUACAUUAAAAGUAGGAGAACAGCAUGCAGCCCAGUGGUUCCCGCAGAGUAGCCCUGCUCUGCAUAUUCAAGUGUUUUUCGGCUCUAAAUGCCAAAGAACACCGACCAAACGUUCUGCUACAAACACCAAAAUUCUAAAGCUGUCGUCUUUAGAAUAUCAAGAAAAAGAACUGACGAGCCAAAUGAACCAGAGUGAAUAGACCUCUGAAUUCAUGUCUCCAUUUUGUUUUUGGUGUCAAGCCUAUAAAGGAAAGUCUGGUUCUAAGCAGGUUUCCUCUAUGGAAAACAAUGAAUGCCAUUUUUUUAAUAUCCCUGCUUUCGUGCCUGUGGUAGACAUAAAUGUUCCAAAGCCAAUAUUGUCUGUGUACAUUUGAUCCCCAAAUGUCAGUGGGUCAUGUGAAUGAAAAGGAGUCAAAUAUAAACCUGCCACAUCAGUCUGCUAUUAAACUUCAACACCAGCUACUCAAACUGUAGCCUACCACUGCCAAAGCAGCUUAACUACUACAUGUCAAAGCUUGCAGGUUUUUAUUUUAGUGAUGUUGCCAGUGUUAUGAUGUCAAUUCAGUAUGCAGCAGUGUUAGCUUGCAGGUAGCGAGCUAAACAACCUCAGAAUUCAGAGGAUCCAUUGAAAUUCAGAGGAGGAAUGUCUGCACGGCAAAACAUCUGGUUUUUGAAUACUUUUGUUAAUGAGGGUGUGAUGGCGGUGUUUUUUGAAACAUUGAUUUUCCAUAGAGAAGAACUGCUUAGACCUAAUAUGGGCAUGAUGCAGACUUCAGAGGUAUAUGCGGAGAGAGCAUUAUAGAACAGUGUGAAUGGUGGAGAACAUUCUAGAUUGUCCUGACAAUCAAACACACCUAAGGCACACCAACCAAACGUUCAUUUCAUGUUUGUGUUUGGUUGUACACAGCACAGGGCUGCUACAGGACCAGAGCUAGGAACCACUGCUGAAGCCUAUUUUUGUGUGAACACACUUCUGAAAAUGAUUCAUCAUAUCUUUGUGGGCAUCACAAAGGCUUUUUGAUCUCACGGUUAAAGGGGAAUUCCACUUUUGCAGAAUUUCAGUAAUUCACUUGUUGCGAUGUUAGUCAUUCAGAGUGGUGUGAUGUGAAAUGUUGCCUUAGUUAUUUGAUCCAUACUAAGCAAAAUGUAAUGUUUUUUAAACUAAAAAUAAAAAGUUAUGUUCUGGAUCUGUCAUUCAUUUAAGACAAUACUCUUUUAGCAUUAAAACAAUUUCAGCAUGCCUGCAGUAUGCAGAGUGUUUUGAUGUGAAAUGGUUCACUGUAGAGAAACUUACUUCGAUUUCUGUACAGUGGUGGUGAUGGGAACCAGGGGUUGUGAAGCCUGCAACACAAAUAUAGCCAUUUUAUUUACAAUCCAAAACAACUAGUGAACCCACAUGUGUUUUUGAGUAACAACAUUUUGCGUGUGCCUCUCUGCCACGAGUAAAUAAUAAAAAAAAGAUUUAGCCCAAAACCUUUUCAAAAUGCAUAUUCUUAACUAUUUCAUGUAGUAGCUCUCUGUGAGGGAGCUUUUAGAGGCAUUAAAACAGACGUCUGGUUCCUGUCAAAAUCACUGUGAACAAUUCUGACGCACAUUUCACAUCACUCUAAACGCCAUCUGAAUUAGGCAGAAUUUGAAAAAUCUGUGGAAUUCACCUUUAACAUAGAUAAAGAGGGUCUUUACCGAAUCGAGUCCUCAGUAAUGAAGAUGCAAAAAUCUUGGUUAAGCAGGGGCACUAAAAAUGUGUGUGGCUGAUGUAAUCAUCAGAUGUGCCUACCCAAAUAGAAUUUACUGUAACGUUUGCAUUUAUGGUUUCAAGAUAUGUUAGAUAAAAGUGAACAUGAUUGUGCAGCACAUGACAAGAUGUUAAAUGAAUGUAUAUUUGUAUGGAGCAGGUUUACUAUAUGCACAAUAUACAGUAAUAUCUUUAUUUAUCCUCUUUAAAUUGAUGCUUGUAUGCUUUUCUUUAAAGAAGUGUGGAAUUAUUUACCUCAUUUUUCAUGAAUAAAGUUUAUUCCCCCUCAUGAUAUUCUGUAAGGUAUCUGAUCAAUGCUAAGUAAAAUGUACUGUUUUUGGAACCAAAAAAUAAAAACUUGUAUUCUG